AUGGGGACUGAGCAGGAGCAGAGAUUGAAGAAGAUGGAAGAGAACAUCAAAGCCUUACAAUCAGGUGGUCCUCGCCUCGAUGCCGGCGAUUGCGAUUGGAGUCUUUUUCCGGGUAUGCGGCUACCCCCGAAGAUUAAGGUGCCUGAAUUCCAAAGGUACCAUGGCACUACCGACCCCCGUCACCAUCUCCGUCACUACAGGGGAAAGAUGCUGCAGUACUGGGACUACGAAGAGUUCGUCAUCCACACGUUCCAGGACAGUUUGGCGGGAGCGGCUCUUGAUUGUACAAUGGAGAUGGCCGAGGAUCAGGGCUUCGAGGCCUACGCAGUAAAGUGGAGGGCUAGAGCGGCGAAACAUGUCCCCCCGAUCAGUGAGGCGCAGCAGAUCCAAUUAUUCCACUCUACCCUCAAAGGGGCCUACUACUUGCACCUGUUGGCUCACACGUCUUCGUUCUCCAACCUUAUCGACGCCGGGAAGAAGCUUGAUAUCGGCGUUAAGCUCGGCAAGAUAGAAGGACCGGCCGAGAAGAAAGAGGGAGAGUCCUCGAAGAAGGUUGCUACUGGGACACCCUCCGCGGGAAACAGGAGAGGAAAAGACGCGUCCGUCAAUGCUGUUAACUCAGGGCGCCAAGCCCCCCAACAGUAUUCCAUCAAUUACACGCCCGCACCACCGACCACUCAGGCGUAUGCCCCACCUCCGGUGCAUUAUCAGCAGCAACUCCCAGCGCAACAAGUAUAUUAUUCCGCCCCGCCGGCCUCCUUUCCGUUGCCGGCCCCGCACAAUUACGUCCCUAUUCCCCCUCCGAUCCAACAAAGCAGGCCUCCGGCUUCGAGAACUCCUCAGCCGGUGCAACGGGCUCCGGCCCCGCAGGACCAACAAAGCACUGCGCCGCGGCGCAGACAAUUCACACCCCUUCCGGCCCCGCUCUCCCACAUAUACCGGCAACUCCUCGCAGGCAAUAGGAUUAAAUCAGUAGCGCCUAACCCCGAUUUCGACCCCACCAUUCAGGAUCAGAGUCGGCACUGCGAGUACCAUCACGGCGCACCCGGUCACACCACCGACGAUUGUUGGAAGCUGCGGGAGAAGAUCCAAGCUAUGAUUGAUGGCAAACAACUCACGUUCAACGCCGUCAAACCUCCGAACGUGCAAGUUAAUCCUCUUCCCGAUCACGGGUCAAGCUCGGGACCCAGCAUUAACAUGAUCAGCGUUUGCGCCAUAGGGGAGUACGAGACCGGGCAGGAGCCAUCCGCCCCGUUCGUAAUCGAAUAUGUGCCUGCGGAAACCGGUAUAGGGUACGCGGGGUUUGAUGCCACGCCCGCCCCAUUCGUGAUAGAUGUCCCCGCACGAGAGCCAUAUCAAGAUAGCAAGGUUCCGUGGACCUACGAAGGGAGUGUCGGGAACCUCGAGCGUCAAUUCAGCGUCAUGGGCGUGACGCGCUCGGGACGAGUGUAUGAAAACCCGGAGGUCGCGAACAAAGGAAAGGCGCCUGCUGCGACAUUAGGAAUCGCCCCGGAAGCUACGCCGAUCCCACAAAAGAAGGUGACCGAAGAGGAAGCCGAGGCUUUUAUGAAGAUCAUCAAGGCAAGCGAGUAUAAGGUUGUUGAACAAAUGGGCAAGUCUCCGGCCCACAUUUCACUACUCGCCCUUCUCUUAAGUUCGGAGCCACAUCGUGAAGCGCUCCUGAAGGUCCUGACGGCGGCACAGGUCCCCAAGGAGACGGCUCCAGAUCUCAUUGAAGAAACCGUUGGUUCGAUAUUCUCCAACAAUAUUUCAUUCUCGGAUGACGAGCUUCCCUCCGAAGGAUGA